AUGGCUGGACUCGUGGCUAACACACCCGACGGACAUGCGCGUGUGCACUUCGUCGCUGAAGGUGAGGCGAGCCUGCAUUUCUGCAUAAAAAGCGGGUUGAUGGAUGACACCCUUCGCUAUGGCCACAGUGUCAUGAUUGUCGAUGCGGGUGGAGGCACUGUUGACAUCAGUAGCUACGGCUUCAAUUCCACUGCACCUUUAGUGGUUGAAGAAGUGGCAUCGCCAGACUGUCUCUUGGAAGGCUCUAAUAUACUCAAUUUGCGUGCUGAGAAGCACCUCCGGGAUCUUCUGAAAAGAUCCAAAUACGGGUCAAAGGAGGAUAUCAAAUCGAUGAUUGACUACUUUGAUAGACAUACGAAAGCUGUCUUCAACGGUGGGAACGGGCCAUCAUACAUCAAGGUCGGCACUGCCUCUUGCAACGACCCCAGAGUCAACGUCCGUCGCAGGGACCUUACGCUCACUAGUACCCAAAUGCUCUCAUUUUUUCGACCAUCCCUCGACCGCAUUCUGACCGCUAUCAAGAAGCAACUCGUCAGUGGGGCUCUUGGCAAGAGAAUCAAAACAGUUCUGCUGGUUGGUGGCUUCGCCGCCAGUCCGUACCUGUAUUCUGCACUGAAGCGCGGAGUUGAGGACAUGGGACUUUCGUUGUAUCACCCCGAAUCUCAUACUUCCAAAGCCGUUGCACAAGGGGCGAUGUGGUACUUCCUAGAACACAUCGUGUCUGCACGCAUCAUGCAGAUGACGUACGGCACCGAGACCGUCGUGAAAUACAAUCCCAAGGACACACAGCACGUUGAACGCCACCCCACAGUCCACAAUCGUGCGUCAGGCAUGCCCGUCCUCCCAAAAGCGUUCUCGUGCAUCCUCAAGAGGGGCACGCGUGUCCACGAGACGCAGGAAAUAUCUCACCCAUGCCACAUCGAGGUCGAAGACCGGCACGAACUCGACAGCGUCUCGUGCGCGAUCCUCUGCUACAGCAGCAUGCUCGAGAACCCGUGCUGGGUCGAUGUCGAGCCCCGGUUCUACAAAUCGCUGUGCACGAUCACCGCCGAUACGUCCCAGGUCGCGCGGAAGGCGCGGAGAGGGAAGGGCGGCGUGGAAUUUUACGAGCAGCACUUCAAGAUUAUUCUUCUGUGCGGCCUGACAGAGUUGGAGGCGCAAAUCAGCUGGGAGGAGGGUGGUAUUGAAAAGAGGGGCUCCGCAAAGCUCGUUUAUGACGAUGACCUGUACGUUCCUUCAUAG